UCAGUUACCAAAAACGUGUUUUUAUUUCGUGCGCCGUUUCGUUUAAUUAAAUCCUCAUUGUUUUCAUCUGCUAACUGCUGAGAACCAAAAUGUCCAGCUGGAGGAAAGCCGCCAAAUCGAACCAAAAGGUUCACCGGGAACGUGCCCAACCGGCAGCACGCGUCCAUUUGGGCCUGCUGGAAAAGAAGCAGGACUACAAACGCCGCGCCGAGGAUCAGCACCAAAAGGAUGACACGCUCAAGCUACUUCGGAAGCGAGCGCAAACCCGCAAUCCGGAUGAGUUCUACCAUCAUAUGAUCAACUCGAAGGUACAGGCCGGCGAACAUCACGAGCUCGACAAGCAGGAUGAACACUCGUCGGCACAGAUCCAGCUCAUGCAGACACAGGAUUUGAAGUACAUCAACAUGAAGCGAACGAUGGAGGCCAACAAGAUCCAGCGGCUGCAGGGCACGCUGCACAUGACCGAAGUUGCCAACCGGACGGCGAACAAGCAUAUUUUCUUUGUAGAUGACGAGCAGGAAGCCCAGCGUUUCGACGUGGCGGAACGUCUUCAGACGCAUCCCAGUCUGCUGGCAAGGAAAUCCAACCGGCCCAAACUGGAUCAGCUGGAGAAGUUGGUUUUGGGGGUGCAGGAUGAAGCGACAAUUUUGGCGAUGAAUGCAGAACGCGAGAAAUCCUACAAGGAACUGCAGCGCCGAGUCGAGCGUGAAAAGGAGCUUACCAUUGUGCAGCAGAAGCUGGAACUCAAGCGAGCGUUGCAGGAGAAGCGAUCCAGAAAACCAAAGCGCGUGGCCAAGGGAACGAAGGAUCAGGCACCGAUCUACAAAUUCAAAUACGAAAGGAAGCGAUGAAGGAGUCCCUGCAUUAGUUACGCAACUAGGGUUUCCUUUUUUCGGAUCUUUAUGCGUGAAGUUUGCGAUUACAAAGUUUGAAGGAGAUGCUUGAUUAAUUUCAAUCAAUCAUCGAG